GAACCUUUGCUGAAGAAGACUCAAAAUUGUUUUGUCUUGUUUCCUAUCCAACACCCUGAGCUAUGGAAAAUGUAUAAACAGGCCCAGGCUUGUUUUUGGACUGCCGAAGAAAUUGAUAUGGCUAAAGACCGUCGUGAUUGGGACAAAUGUCUAUCAGACAAUGAGCAUCAUUUUAUUUCAUAUGUCCUCACCUUUUUCGCCGCUUCGGAUGGAAUCGUUAACGAGAAUUUGGUGGAACGAUUUUGUGAAGAAGUUCAGGCUCCGGAAGCACGCUGUUUCUAUGGCUUUCAAAUCAUGAUGGAGAACGUCCAUGCGGAAACAUACUCAUUGCUGAUUGAUUUCUACAUCAAAGAUCUUUCGUCACGCCAAUUUAUGUUCAAAGUAAUUGAGACCAUUCCUUGUGUCAAACACAAGGCUGAUUGGGCCCUCAAGUGGAUUGCAAAUCGAUCUGCCACUUUUGCGGAACACUUGGUAGCUUUUGCAGCUGUAGAGGGUAUCUUUUUUUCCGGUUCGUUCGCAGCCAUUUUCUGGCUCAAAAAAAGAGGACUCUUGCCAGGUCUGAUGUUCGCAAACGAGCUAAUUAGUCGUGAUGAAGGAAUGCACACUGAGUUUGCAUGCUUACUUUUCAGCCAUCUUAUUCAGCAUCGACACCCAAGUGUUGUCGCCUCCAUCAUAACACAAGCAGUCAGUAUUGAACAAAAUUUCAUAUCAGAAGCCUUGCCAGUGGAACUCAUCGGCAUGAAUUCGCAUCUAAUGUCCCAAUACAUUGAAUUUGUUGCCGACCGAUUGCUGACAGCUUUCGGGAAUGACACAAUCUAUAAAGUCAUCAAUCCAUUUGAUUUCAUGGACAUGAUAUCAAUCGAAGGCAAGACAAAUCUUUUUGAAAAGAGAGUGUCAGAGUAUUCGAAAGCGAACAUCAAUCCCUCAAAAUUUCACGAUGGCACUGCAGAAACAAGAUGUUUGUGA